AAUGGGAGAAAAAACAAUAUUCUUAUUUCAUUUUAUUAUAUAUAUAUAUAUAUAUAUUGCAGAGGUCAAAGCGUCUUUGACUGUGAGUGUACUUGUAGCAUAGUGUACUCCAAGAGACAGGUUAUUAAGCUUGUAUAUGUACAGGUCCCUUCGAGCUUGCAUUGAACUCUUCUUUCUUCUCUUGCUUGUAUACUUCAAUGUAUGUAUACAUGCACCCACAAAUGUGUAUGUGGAUAAAUUGAUAGUUUACUAUUAAUUAAAUGUAAUCUGACUAAUUCGUUCACGGUAGGAGGCCUCUAAGAUCCUAACUUCGUCUUCGUAUUUCGUCUUUAGUGCUUCUAAAUCACACUGAUAUGAUUCUGAAAUUUUAAUAAUCUGUGCCUCUUUUGACAAUAAAUCAUUUAGCUCAGGUUCCUUGUGACUUGUAUUAUUGAUAGGAGCUGCAACUUCCAAAGGCACAUCAACGAUAGUUUCAGAUACGUCAUUAUUCCCACCGUUUGGUAAGGUUUUAUCUGAAGGUAAUGAGACAUUGUUAUUCUCUUCAUGGUCACUUUUCUGCUUCUGCUUCUUUUGUCCGUUAUCAGGGUGAGUAAGUUCGAUAGAAUCCUGCGCCCUACGUUUCUCAGGAAUAUGCUUUGUUAUAUUUAUAGGUGAUUCGGUAAAAGGUGUGGAUCGUAUAGCUCUUUGUCUCCUGGGUGGGCUAGGAUGUAUCUUUAAAUCUUUGGGAGUGAUUAGAUCGGCUGUACUAGUUGUAUUUUUCGUUUUGUAUGUUGACUUACUUGAGUUCUGGUGUUGGUUCUGGUGCUGGUGCUGGUGCUGGUGCUGGUGUCGGUGUCGGUGUCGGUGUCGGUGUUGAUAUUAAUGCUGAUAUUAGUGUUGGUGUUGGUGUUAAUGUUGGUGACCCAAGAUCCCUUGCUUUAAAAGAAAGUAUGGAUUGCGGGUACUUCCUGGCAAUCUUUUUGUGCUGUGCAAUACUGUCACUGAUAUUGAGUCGGAUAUCUGGCCCUUUUGUCUCGUGGUUGAAGGACUAAGAGGAAGUCGGAAUGGAAGAGCACAUGGUGAACUUGUUCUUGGGACUGAAUUUGAGCGGUGUGUCUGUAGUGGCGAGUGUUUUGGAUUAUGAUUUGUACUUGGAAUGCUUGAAUUUGAUGAAAGGGAUUCUCGUGAAUGGGAAUUUAGUUUUGGUGAAGAAUUUCUUUCUUUUGAUUUUUGUGACUUAUUUUCUUUUGAUUUGCCGUGUCGUUUACGUUUUUCUGAAGAGCUUUUCUUUUGUUUCCCUUCAUUCAUUCUCAAGAAUACGGUCUAGAGAUUUUGAAA